UUCAUCCUAAGAUCAUAUUAUUUAUGUGAAAAAUUGCUUGGUAUCGUUUACUAUGCAAAGAAAUUUUGCUUCACCGUAGAUUUCAUAUCCUAGACUAUUGUGAUUUAUAUUCUGAUGUAGAGGAGUCCAUUCAACGUGUUAUACUCCAUUGUCAUAUGGCAGCACAGGAAAUGAACAUAUAUUUCAAGGAUUGGGACAAAGUGCUUGACUGAUUUUGCUCGUCCCAUGUUGCUUCUCCUCUCCCCCAUUCCUCUCCUCUCGAAGCAUCCGGGGAUCACUUCUGGCCCCACUGAGCUUCGCGAGCUCGUCGUCCAUGGCUUCUCCUCCCCCGAAGAAGGUCCUGGUCCCGAUCGCCAACGGGACGGAGCCGAUAGAAGUGGUGAACACCAUCGGCUUCCUCCGGAGGGCCGGCGCCGACGUCACCGUGGCAUCGGCGGAGAAGGACCUCCGCGUCGAGGCCUGCUGGGGAAUCAAGAUCGUGGCCGACGCCCUCGUGUCGGACUGCACCGAUUCUUCCUUCGACCUCAUCUCCGUUCCCGGAGGGAUGCCAGGUUCGGCAACUCUUAGGGAUUGUGGAGCCUUAGAGAGCAUCGUGAAGAAGCAAGCGGAAAAAGGGGGGCUUUACGCCGCGAUCUGUGCCGCCCCGGCUGUGGCACUGGGAUCAUGGGGUUUGCUCAAGGGUUUAAAAGCAACUUGUCAUCCUUCAUUUAUGGAGAAGCUCCCCUCUGAAGCGAUAAAGGUGGAAUCAAGGGUGCAAGUGGAUGGACGGGUAGUCACAAGCCGUGGACCAGGAACAUCUAUGGAGUUUUCUUUGGCUUUGGUGGAACAACUAUAUGGAAAAGAGAAAGCUGAUAAAGUUGCAGGGCCUAUGGUGAUGCGUCUUCAUCAUGGGGCCGAGUUUUCUAUGACUGAGCUAAACUCGAUUGAAUGGAAAUUUACUAAUACACCUCAGAUUCUUGUGCCGAUAGCCAAUGGCUCAGACGACAUGGAGGCUGUUAUGAUCAUUGACAUUUUAUGCAGAGCAAAAGCUAAUGUCAUAGUUGCCUCAGUUGAAGAUAAGCUGGAAAUUGUGGGAUCAAGGAAUGUGAAGCUAGUAGCUGAUAUGCUCUUGGAUGAGGCUGUUAAGCUGCAAUACGAUUUAAUUGUUCUGCCUGGUGGACCUGGUGGUGCCCAAGCAUUUUCUACUUCAGAGAAGCUUGUUGAUUUACUCAAAAAGCAGGCAAAAUCGAAAAAACUUUAUGGGGCAAUAUGUGCCUCUCCAGCUAUGGUCCUUGAGCCCCAUGGCUUGCUUAAAGGGAAGAAGGCAACAGCUUAUCCAACCAUGUGCAACAAGCUUUCAGAUCCAAGCGAAUGCGAGAACAGGGUUGUGGUUGAUGGGAACUUGAUCACGAGCAGAGGCCCAGGGACAUGCGAGGAGUUUGCACUGGCCAUUGUUGAAAAGCUAUUCGGUCGACAGAAUGCCCUAAACCUUGCAAAGACUCUGGUUUUCAUAUGAAUGCGCUGAACUUUUCCAAGUCUGUGACUGCGGACGUAUUAUGCGACUGUGAGGUAGUUCCUGUGUUUUUGAGGGAAUAUUACUAUCUUGGAUUAUGUAUAAAGCUAGUGAAUUGGGAUAAUGUUGUUUGAAGUACGAGUAUCAGCUGCAGUUUGAUUGCGGCAUGUCAUAUAUAUCCUUUUAAUCGCCAGUUUGGUACUGUUGGUUUUUUUGAAGUAGGAACGUGUCGCAUUGUUUGAUGGGCCUGAAAAGGGGCUUGUAUGCUGAAUGCUUGGCCCGGAUUGAACAUCAUUGCAACAAAUAA